AUGGCAAAAGUUGCUACAGAUUUCAUGAAUUGCCAUAAAUGGACUUCUGAAACUCUAUCACUCGAACUAGCUAAAUAUACAGAGGAAAUUAAUGAAAGUUUGAAGGAUGAUUGUAAGGUGCAGACUAUGCUAGCAGGAUUUAUGGAGGUAGGAAUGAUUCUUAUCGCCAAUAUUUAUGAAAGAAUCCCAGAAGAACCAGAUAAAGAUAAAAGAAAAAAUGGAUUAACUAUAAUAAUGAUUUGUAUAU